AUGCGGAAAGUUCGCUCGGUACAUUUUAUCAGCUAUGAAGAUCGCGGCAAGAUCAGCGGCCGGUUCAUGUUUGUCGUGCUCAGACUGGUUGGCAAAAACUUAUGGGACCUACGGAUGGAAGCCAUUGACAGGCGUUUCUCGAUGUCCACUGGGAUACGAGCCGCUGAGCAGACAUUAUCUGGGAUAAGAGAUUUGCACAUUUGUGGUUUCCUGCAUCGAGAUAUCAAACCACCGAAUUUUGCCAUAGGACGAGAAGAAGACAACAGCCAGCAAACCAUAUUUAUUCUAGACUUCGGUUUGUGUCGGCGAUACAGGUAA